AUGCAUAAAAUUAUUUACAAUAAAGUCAAAAGAAAUAUUGAAAAGCCAACAUCGCCUUCAUCGCCUUUGCCCUCUUCACCUUUUUCAAAGACAAAUAAAACUAUUAAAACAUUUUUCGUCAACAUAAAUUUAAAAAAUCAUUCAAAAACAAAAAAUUGUUCAAAAAAAAUUAAAAUUAUCGACAGCAAUAAAAAUGACAAUGAUUUAUUAAGAGAAGAACAAGAAGCAAAAAAACUAAAACUAAUAGAUUAUGCUGAAGGAAUUUUAAAUAAUCAUGCUAAUUCGGUUUGGCCAAAUUUUUAUGAGACACCUGAAGAGCCAGCAAAGAGAACAAUGGAUGAUAUUAACGAUACUGAAUGGAUUGGAUACGGGAAGUUAUCAAUGUCACCGUAUGAUACUGCUUGGAUGGCAAUGGUUCCUUCUGAAAAGUAUAAAUCUACCAAUUUACCAAAAGACUUCGAAUUAGCUUUCCCACAAUGCUUAAAAUGGUUUUUUUAUCAUCAAGACGAUAAUGGUAGUUGGGCUGGUAAAGGCGUAAAAAGUGUUUUACCUUGUCUUGCUGGUCUACUCGCCCUUGGUCUUUUCCGUUCCCAUUCUGGCAAUUAUCUAGAAGAAAAAUUAAAUGAUUUAGGGUUGACUUUGUCUCAAUUUGACUCAAGUUUUGAAAAGUCUGUAAAUUUUCUUAAUACCACUCUAAAUCAAUGGAAUAUUGAUGAAAUAGACUAUGUUGGAUUUGAGUUGACAGUUCCAUAUAUGCUCAAUGAAUUAGAAAAACUUGAACCAAGUGUGGUAUUUCAAUUCCCUGAUAAGCAAAGAUUAAUUAAAGAGCAUACCAGAAAAAUGAACCUGAUACCUAUUGAAGCAUUAUUUGCAUUAGCAGCAAAACGUCAACCAGUAGCAAUGAUUCAUUCAAUUGAAGCCUUUGGCAACAAAAUAGAUUUUACCAAAAUUCAAAAUGAAGGUUUCCAAGCAAUAAAUGGCAGUUAUGGAUCUUCAGCUGCUGCAACUGCCUCCGUGCUUAUUAAUUCACCAAAUUGGGAUCCAAAAGCCUAUAAAUUCUUACAAAAAAUUAUUGCUAGAGUGCCAGCAGGUGGCACGAGCCUUGGAUAUGUUCCAACUAUUAGUGAUGUUGGUAUAUUUGAAACAGCUUGGAUAAUGCAACCUAUGGUUGAAUUUGUUUCAAAGGUUACAAAAUUUUACAACAACAACAACACAUCAGAUAAUAAAUUGAUCCAAAGUUUACUUGAAAAAAAUAAAAUAACUGCCAAAUUUAUAAGACAUGUUGUCAAUUUACAAAAGGAUACUGUAAGAUGGACAUCAUGGGAUAACAGAAUUCCAGCAGAUGUUGAUACCACCGUGACAUGUCAUUGGGUAAUAGACCAAAUACUUCCUGAAACUGAAUGCAAUUUAAAAAAAUUAGGUGCUGCGUUCUACAAUGGGAGGAAUUUUGUGACAUAUCCUGGUGAAAGAACUGUUUCCAUAAGUUCAAAUGUACAUGCAUUAAGGUUGCUGCUUGCAAAAUAUUCAAAAGAUAAAUCUGGAAACAAUGAAGUCAACUAUAUCAUUACAAUGCCAACAAAAACUGAAGCUGGCAAAAAAAUAACAAUUCAACAAGUCAUAUCUACUGUUAUAGAAUUAAUUAUGGCCAAUAGAAGUGAAAUGGCUACUUGGUCAGAUAAAUGGAAUGCAAGUCCAUCAUACAUAACACACACAACCAACAACCUAUUACUAUCAUUAUUAUCAUAUCCUGAAAUUGUAGAAAAUUCUACAUUAAAGAAUCAAGAUAACUUGCUUGAAUAUUGCUUGAAAACGGUUAAUUGGUGUCUACAAACUCAACAUAGUGAUGGCAGUUGGGGAUUUGUUUCAGAAAUUGGUAUGGGAACAUUGGAAGAAACAAGUUAUUGUAUUAGAUUGUUGAAUUAUUCCAGUAAAUUUUAUCCUGACAAUUUGGAAAUACCCAAAGCAUUGAAGAAGGCUAGAAAAUUUGUUUCCAAAUAUUUAGAUGAAGCCAUGAAUGAUGAUGAAUUUUUCUAUCAAAAACAACCAUUAUUAUGGAUUGGAAAACAACUUUAUACAGUACCCAAUGUAAUAAGAUCUUCUAUAUUAGUUUCAUUAUGGGAGGAUUAA